AUGAAGAUGGAUUCAACGAACAGUGUAUUACAAGGAAGUGGAAUUGAAUUAAGAAAACGAUUCUAUCAAGAAACACAACCAUCAAAUGAAGUAUUCCACCCAAAAAGAGGAUUUUUUGGUAAUUUAUAUCAAAUGAUUUUCCAUCCAAUAGAAUAUUUCACUCCAAAAGAGACAAAACUUGGAGAGGUAAAGAUCCAAGUAUUUGAGCAAGAACAAGGCACUGUUGAUGUCAAGAUUUCUAUUGAAGAAAAUAAACACCAAACACCAAUACGUUCUAUUCAUUUAAAUGCAUCAAGUGAUUACCAACAGGAAAUCAAUGAAAUUAAUGAACAAUUAAGAGCUAUUGUUGAAAACCAUUUUAAGAUUGGAGAACAAUCUAUUGAAUUUGAACAACCAAAUCAACCUUCACGUCAAAGAAAAUCAAUUGUUUAUAAAGAAAAAAACAUUGUUCCUAACAAAGUAAUAAGUUCUUCACAAGGACACAAAUAAAGUAUUGUCACAAUGCUUAAAUAAAGUAUUUUUAUUU